AGGGGCCUCUCUUGCCACGCCGCCGUUGCCGGGAUACAGGGCAGCGCGCAGCCUCUAGUGGUUAGGCCUGAGGGCCCAGGUAAGCUGCGUGCGAGUGUGCGGGGAGUCGAGAGUGAGCGAAUCCGAGAGCGGGGCUGACUGGGGAGCUCAGCUGUAGUGGUGAACCUGAGCGCUGUGACCUGCCUCACUCCUUCCGCGCCGGCGGAGUGAACAGACAAUGGCCAGUAAUCACAAACCUUCAGCAGCUCGUCCUGUUUCAAGAGGUGGAAUUGGGUUCGCAGGAAGGCCUCUUUCUGGAAUACGACCCCCAUCAGGAAAUAUUCGAGUGGCAACUGGAAUGCCACCUGGAACAGCAAGACCAGGCUCCCGUGGUGGUGCCAUAGGGACAGGAGGAGUUCUGUCUUCUCAAAUUAAAGUUGCGGAUCGUCCUGUAACACAGCAAGGCUUGAGUGGAAUGAAAACUGGAAUUAAAGGUCCCCAGAGGCAAAUUUUAGACAAAUCUUACUAUCUUGGACUUCUUCGAAGUAAAAUAAGUGAACUUACAUCCGAAAUUAAUAAACUUCAGAAAGAAAUAGAAAUGUACAAUCAAGAAAAUUCAGUAUAUUUAUCAUAUGAAAAGAGAGCUGAGACUUUAGCUGUUGAAAUCAAAGAGUUGCAAGGACAACUAGCAGACUACAACAUGUUGGUCGAUAAACUUAAUACCAAUACUGAAAUGGAAGAAGUAAUGAAUGAUUACGACAUGCUUAAAGCUCAAAAUGAUCGAGAAACACAAAGUAUGGAUAUAAUAUUUACUGAAAGACAAGCGAAGGAGAAACAAAUUAGAAGUGUAGAAGAAGAAAUUGAACAGGAAAAACAAGCAGCAGAUGGCAUUAUCAAAAAUAUGUCUCCUGAAAAACAAGUCAAGUACAUAGAGAUGAAAACCACAAAUGAGAAAUUGUUGCAGGAGUUAGAUACACUUCAACAGCAACUAGAUUUACUGAACAUGAAAAAAGAGAGUCUGGAAGCUGAAAUAGCACACUCCCAGGUAAAGCAGGAGGCUGUAUUGCUGUAUGAAAAACUUGAUGAGUUAGAGUCCCAUCGAGAUCAAAUGACUGCAGAAGAUAAAAGUGUGUGCUCUCCAAUGGAAGAGAGAGAGAGAUUGCUUAAGCAGGUUAAAGAAGAUAAUCAGGAAAUAGCCAGCAUGGAGCGACAGUUGACAGAUUUAAAAGAAAAAAUAAAUCAAUUUAAUGAAGAAAUAAGGCAACUUGACAUGGAUUUAGAAGAACACCAAGGUGAAAUGAAUCAAAAGUACAAGGAGCUAAAAAAAAGGGAGGAAAAUAUGGACAGUUUUAUUGAGACUUUUGAGGAAACUAAGCAUCAGGAACUGGAACGGAAAGCUCAGCUAGAAGCCAGCAUCGUCGCACUUCUGGAGCACGGUAGUCGCAAUAUAAAUCGUAUGAAACAAAUAUCUUCAAUCACCAAUCAAGAACUGAAGAUAAUGCAGGAUGAUCUCAAUUUUAAAUCUACUGAAAUGCAGAAAUCACAAAGUACAGCUAGAAAUUUGACCUCAGAUAGUCAACGUUUACAGUUGGAUCUACAGAAAAUGGAGCUUCUGGAAAGUAAGAUGAUUGAGGAACAGCAUUCUCUAAAAAAUAAAAUUCAGCAAAUGAUGACUGAUCUGGAGACAUUUAAUGAUUUGCCAGCUUUAAAAUCAUCAGGUGAAGAAAAGAAAAAGAAAUUGCAUCAAGAGAGAACAGUAUUAUCAACUCGCAGAAAUGCCUUUAAGAAAAUAAUGGAGAAGCUAAACAUAGAAUAUGAAACACUAAAAUCAGAGUUGCAAGAAAAUGAGACACAUUCUCAGCUUACAAAUUUGGAGAGGAAGUGGCAACACCAUGAGCAAAAUAAUUUUGUGAUGAAAGAAUUCAUUGAAACCAAGAGUCAAGAGAGUGAUUACCAGCUAAUUAUGAACAACGUGACCAAGCAGAUUGCAGACUACAAUAAAAGCAUCAUGGAUGCUCUACAUAGCAUGAGCAGGACCUGAGUCCAAACCAACUGCGAGUCUCCAUAGAAGUAUCCUGUUGCUGUUACACUUGAGACAAGCUGACUGAAUAAAAUAGCUUACCCUGAAGUCUUACCUAAAA